AUGCAACAACAAGAAGAAGGAACCAGUAGAGAAAUUAUUCUCACCUCUGAUCUUGCUACUAAUGAAUCUAUUAUUCAAUCUAAAAUUCCAUCGAAAUUUAUAUUUGCUUUUGGAGCAAGCAAGAUCCUCCACUCUGCUCGUAUUAGUUUAUUAGAUUCUGAACGUUUGUCCAACUUGAGAUAUUUAAUCCUCUCCGAUGAAGCUAUCUAUAUCUUUGAUGAUCAAGAUUUUGAACGUAGAAUACCAAAUGAACACAUUUCUGAAAUUGUCAAGUCUCGUGAACCAAGUGUUUCAUCAACUGAACAAAAAUCACACAGAAUUCUCAUCCGUGUUCAUCAUUCUAAUGAAGGAUCAGAUCUAAUUAUUAUUUCUAAAGGUGCUACUGGUGUUUUGGAAGCUUUUGAAAAAGCCAAAUAUACAUUCACACUGGUAGAUCCUUCCGAAGAUUUAUUUUCUAUGGCUAGAUUUGUUUCUGACAAUGCUCAACAACCAUCAAUUGAUUCUCUGAAACAACAUUUGGAUAAGGCCUUACAAUCAUCAGAUUUAAAGAAUACAAUGCUCUAUUUGGAAACUUUGAGAAGAAACAAACAUGCUGAUUGGGAAAAUGAUGAAUUAAUUUCAAAAGCUAUUGAAUUUGUAAAGAGUAAAUAA